CAUAAACACAGUAUAUUACAUGGCGCCCUUUGCAACCAUGAUACUGGCUGUUCCAGCAAUCGUACUCGAAGGAAGCGGAGUUAUGAACUGGUUUUACACUCACCAAUCAAUUUAUUCUUCAUCGAUCAUCAUUUUCUUCUCAGGAGUGCUGGCCUUCUGUCUCAAUUUCUCUAUAUUUUAUGUCAUCCACUCAACAACUGCUGUCACUUUCAACGUUGCUGGCAAUCUCAAAGUUGCAGUUGCUGUUUUGGUCUCAUGGCUUAUCUUCCGGAACCCAAUUUCUGCUCUUAAUGCUGUUGGAUGUGCAGUCACACUUUCAGGCUGCACGUUCUAUGGGUAUGUUAGACACAAGCUUUCUCAGCAACCUGCUGGUCCCGGAACACCACGUACUCCACACACCCCCAGAAGUCGAAUGGAGAUGCUACCUCUUGUAAAUGAUAAACAAGAAGUUUAACGUCAUACUGAUAUUUAUUCACCUCAUCUAACUGUUGAUCGGCAUUGAUGAUAGAUUUACUUCAGAGGAGAGCAAAGUACAAGCUGUGGUUACCUUUAUAUUUCCAUGUUUCCAUGAACCCAAGCCCAGCUUUUAGUCAGUUACAGGUACUAAAUUGGAAGCAAAAAGUUUCAGCAGCUGUGAGGGUGGUUUGUUUUUUCAUUUGCCAUGUACUUGUUUUGGUUGUUCAAAAUUAUACUCAAGAAAGAGGCUUUUCUUGUUGUUCCUUGUGAUUAUAUCAACUUUAUCUUAUCUAAUGCAAGGAUAUGCUGUUAUAGGCUUUUACA